CAACAUCCUCCAGUGCUCUCUGCUUUUGAAUUUUUACACGAAACCAUCUUAUUUCCAUAGCUUCACAUGGAUCUCAUAUGAGAGUUUGUGAUUUUCUGGAAACAUACCAAAAUGCAUAAAGCAGUUACGUCAAGAUGCUUCUAAUAUUUAUUAUUUUCAUCUGUUCCUCAAUAUCUUUCAGUCCUGUAGCUACUCUAUGGAAUAUAUUUGCAAUCUAGUUGUUCCUCCUGGGAGAAAAUCUACCACUGCUUUAGGCAUUAGCACUGGCCUUUGAAGCUGAAUCAUCUCAAUUGCUACCAAUCAACAGCUAAGGAGACCUCCGUUCUAGAUUUAAAUACAUAACACAAUUUGCAAGUAGGAAAGGUAGAAAUGGAAGGGAAGAGAACAAAUGUCCCAAAAACCUAACCAACUGACCAAUGCAUCAGAAAGCUACUCCGUAUAUGAUUCGGACGGACCAAUUUUCUCCGUGAGACAAAACGAUAUAGGUGCUGAGCGGAGCCCGUCUCAAUUUCCAACCGAUCAAUCACGGAAUUCGUACCAGAUACCUGCCUGGAUCAAUGCUAAACCAAAAAACUUAAAAUGCCUGGGUACGAGUACUACGUAUCCUUGGGCCAUAGCGUCAUCAUUUGCAGAGCUCGUAUUCUCUCUGCAGCCGAGCUUUCCCUGGAGUGCCUGAAGCGUGAUGAUGCGCAACUCAGCUGGUACUUGACCAACAAGACGCUCGGAAUCUCCGAUGCGGUGAAGCUAAAGCCCAGAGCGACUCCUUGGCCAAAACCAAAAGCUUAUGAAGCGUGUGAUGGUGAACCUGCCGGUGUACAUGCCGUUAGACGCUCGGGUAUUACUGUGUUCUACGGUACUGGCUACGUGUUGCCAAAAAUUCAAGCUAUGUACUCACAGAACGGAGUCGUACUCGUGUAGCUUGCUCGGGGAACUGAUCGAUAAAUGCCCGUGAUGAACUGGAUAACGUGCGAUGCUGGGUACCACUGGGCAGUGUGAGUAGACAAUUGACGGUUGGACAAAUUCUUACUGACGGUUGGAACUGGAAAAUACGGGUAGCUGGACAAGAACUCGCCCAAGUAUAAACUGACAAAUGACAGGGUUCGCAGUGGUUAGGAAUUUUGAAUUUCUGGUGAGAGCAAGCACAGUUCAUAUACUCCACCUAGCUCAUGACAUUGUUUUCUCGGGACUUUUGUCCGGCUGGUCCCUCUUCCAGCCUUUUAUUUGGCCUCAAAAGACUCUACCUGCCAAGCUGCCUUUUUCCUCUCAGAGCUUUGGUUAAAUAAAGAGGAAAGGAAGAAUUCUCCAACCAGGCUCCAGUAAGUGCCACCUAGUUUAUCUAUCAUUAAAGCAAUCAAGCCCAUUGAGCCAAUCAGCCCUCCCUCCAUUCCAGCUCCUCAAGCUAACCAAAUCUUCCAUUAUAAUUCAAGAUUCCCCUGCCCUCUCCUCCUUCCUGCCCACUCUAUUUCUACUACUAGUACUGCUACCACUAUCAAAGAGUGUGCGUGCGUCUUCUCCAUGGCAGUGCUCUUCCUGAGCUAAGAGAAAAGGCCAUCUUCUACUCUCCCCCAACUCCUCGCCGCGCGCCGGCGAUGGCGGCAAUGCCGGGGCUGGCAAGGGUGGCCCUUGCCGUCCUGGUACUCUUCUCUGCCCUCCCCGCCUCCCUCUCCGACGACCUCAACUCCGACGCGCAGGCGCUGCAGGGGCUGCGGUCGGCUGUGGGGCGGUCCGCGCUGCCUUCGUGGAACAACAGCACGCCGACGUGCCAGUGGGAUGGCGUGUCCUGCGAGAGCGGCCGCGUCGUGGAGCUCCGGCUCCCGGGCGCCGGCCUCAUCGGCACGCUCCCCUCGGGCGUGCUCGGCAACCUCACCGCGCUCCGCACGCUCUCCCUCCGCUACAACGCGCUCACGGGCCCCAUCCCGGACGACCUCUCCCGCGCCACCGAGCUCCGGGCGCUCUACCUCCAGCACAACAGCUUCUCGGGCGAGGUACCGGCGUCGCUCUUCACGCUCAAGAACCUGGUGAGGCUGGACAUCGCGGAGAACAAGUUCUCGGGCGAGAUCUCGCCCGACUUCAACAAGCUCAACCGCCUCGGGUCGCUGCUCCUCGAGAGCAACGACUUCUCCGGCGAGAUCCCCAAGCUGGACCUGCCGACGCUGGAGCAGUUCAACGUGUCGUACAACAAGCUCAACGGCUCCAUCCCGACCAAGCUCCGGAAGAUGCCCAAGGACUCCUUCCUGGGCACCACGCUGUGCGGUGGCCCACUGGGCCUGUGCCCCGGAGAGACCGCGCCCACGCCGGCUGGGGCGCCGGGGUCCCAGCCAGAUGCGGGCGGCGUCGCUGACGUCGCUGGCAGCAAGAAGAAGAAGCUCUCAGGCGGCGCCAUCGCCGGCAUUGCCAUCGGCUGCGUGUUCGGCGUGCUACUCUUGCUCGCCCUGCUUUUCUUCCUCUGCCGGAAGAGGUCCAGCAAGGCCAGGUCUACGGCGGCGGUGGAGAAGGGGCACGACCUUGGCAUGGCCCAGCUGGACGCGGAGCCCAAGGGGCAGAACGGCUCGGCAGCCGGCAACGGAGUCCACGCCGGAGCCGCAGCCGGAGCGGUGCCAGCCGCAGCUAGCGCUGCCGCCGUGGCCGCGGCAGCAGCAGCAGCCAAGUCCGGAGGGUCGACGGGCGGUACGAAGAAGCUCAUCUACUUCGGGCCCAUGGCGGUGGCCCCGCCGUUCGACCUGGAGGACCUGCUGCGCGCGUCGGCGGAGGUGCUGGGCAAGGGCGCGUUCGGGACGGCGUACAAGGCCGUGAUGGAGAGCGGCGCCGCCGUGGCCGUGAAGCGGCUCAAGGACGUGGACCUCCCGGAGCCGGAGUUCCGGGAGCGGAUCGCGGCCAUCGGCGCCGUGCAGCACGAGCUGGUGGUGCCCCUCCGCGCCUACUACUUCAGCAAGGACGAGAAGCUCCUCGUCUACGACUACAUGUCCAUGGGCAGCCUCUCCGCCCUGCUCCACGGUAACCGGGCUUCGGGACGGACGCCGCUGGACUGGGAGACGAGGUCGGCGAUCGCGCUGGCGGCGGCGCGCGGGGUGGCGCACAUCCACUCCACGGGCCCCACGGCGUCGCACGGCAACAUCAAGUCCUCCAACGUGCUGCUCACCAAGAACUACGAGGCCCGGGUGUCGGACCACGGCCUGCCCACGCUGGUCGGACCGUCGUUCUCACCGACCCGGGUCUCCGGCUACCGCGCCCCGGAGGUGACCGACAUCCGGAGGGUGUCGCAGAAGGCCGACGUGUACAGCUUCGGCGUGCUGCUGCUGGAGCUGCUCACGGGGAAGGCGCCCACACACGCCGUCGUCAACGAGGAAGGCCUUGACUUGCCCCGGUGGGUGCAGUCCGUGGUCCGGGAGGAGUGGACCGCCGAGGUGUUCGACCAGGAGCUUCUCAGGUACCAGAGCGUCGAGGAGGAGAUGGUGCAGCUCCUCCAGCUCGCCAUCGACUGCUCCGCGCAGCACCCGGACAGGAGGCCGACAAUGUCCGACGCGGCCGCCCGGAUCGACGAGAUCCGACGGUCCAGCAGCGACCGGCAGGCAACAGAGAGCGCCGGCGGUGACCGUGAGGGCGACGAGCCUUCUCUAUAACCGACAUAUCUCGAUCGAGCUCAAUGAACGGAGAAAUUGCUUAGUUCUUUGCAUGGAUCUUCCUCCUCUUCCCCCGGCUACUUUUGGUUCAUCAGCAACUUGUGCAUGUCUUCUUUUUUUUCUUUUUCUUUUUUUUUUCGGCCUUUUCUCACGGGCUUUGAUUCUAUUCUAUAGCACAUGUCACUGUACGCUUUGAUUCUUGGAAAGGAACACUCGAUGAUGCCUUGUACCUAAGACGGACACCAGCUGUAAUGUUUGCUAGUAUUUAAAAUACGAAAUGAUUUGCAGUAGCUA